CCCCCGGUUAGCGUCCGUCCGCACCGCCAAGGUGUAGCCUGCGGGUAGUGAAGGGUUAAUGCCACUGAUUUUCUGCCUCUUUCUCUCUCUCCCCCUCUCCUCUCCUCCUUUCAGGGGAGGGUCUGCAAAACCAUUGGAUCUUUAGGAGGUGACGUACCCUGUAUGAAAACCUAAUAACUAGUUGAGAAUCUGCAACAACUUUGAAAAAGGCGUGUGGGAGCGAGCGAGUGGAUGUGUUACAAAGUUGAAGAGUAGGAGUAGUGGCGUCCGAGAAACUACGAUUCUGGAGCGCUGGUCAUUUUAAACGGACUGUGAAGGAGGGAGAGAGACAGAGAGACAGAGAGAGAGGGGGGUGGUGGAAGAUGGUUCAGCAAAUUGCAGGAAUUGAGACGGAGAGCAGUUUGUCCCGGGAAGCCACGGAUAGCGAGGAGAAUGAGUUCAUUGCCUGCAGCCCCUCCGCGACUUGCGACGGGGCGGACGAGCGGGACCCGGACUGGUGCAAGACGGCCAGUGGCCAUAUCAAGCGUCCGAUGAACGCUUUCAUGGUGUGGUCGAAGAUCGAGAGAAGGAAGAUCAUGGAGCAGAGCCCGGACAUGCACAACGCCGAGAUCUCCAAACGCCUGGGCAAACGCUGGAAGAUGCUGAAAGACGGCGAGAAGAUCCCGUUCAUCCGGGAGGCGGAGAGAUUGCGGCUCAAACACAUGGCUGACUACCCCGAUUACAAGUACCGGCCCCGCAAGAAGCCCAAAACCGAGGCGGGCCGGCAACAGCAGCAGCAGCAGCAGCAGCAGCAACAGCACCACAGCUUCUCACCCGACAAAGCUCAGAGCAAGAUCGCCAAGCACUCAGCGAAGAAAUGCAACGCUGGCGGCAAAAUCAAACCUCACAGAUCCUCCUCGUCUCAGGGUAAGUCAUGCGGCGAGCAGCCGUGCGAGGACUUUGUCUUCGGCAACCUGAAGGGUAACAAGACAGUGAGGAGCGUCUUCGGCCGGGGCAGUCAGGAGGACGUUGUGGAGGGCAGGCUGCACGGCGGCAGUGGCAGUGGUGGGAAAGAGCCCAGCCCCAGGCGUGCCAGCGUGGCCGCGGUGCCGGCCAGCCCGACCCUGGGCUCGGCGGCCGAGUCGCUGGAAGGGGCCAGCAUGUACGAGGAGCUGGCCGGCGGCUGCGGCUGCCCGUCGGGCAGGAGCAGCGGGCACGGCCGGGCAGAGUGGCCGGGCUCGAAGGCGGGCGGCAGGAGGUGCGCUCCACCGCGGGCCACCUCUCCCGGCUCCAGCCGCUCAGGCUCCUGCAGCUCGGGCGAAGAAGGAGCGGACGAUUUGCUGGGAGACUUCAGCAUGAACUACUCGCCGGCCAGCGGGAGCAGCGGCAGCUCGGAGCCGUUCAGCUCAGGGAACCUUAGCCUGUCGCUAGUGGACAAGGACUUGGACUCGUACAGCGAGGGCAGCUCAGGAUCACACUUUGAAUUCCCGGACUAUUGCACCCCCGAGCUCAGCGAGAUGAUCGCCGGCGACUGGCUGGAAGCUAACUUCUCCGACCUCGUCUUCACGUACUGAUUUUUAUUACAUUUUGACUUUAUUUUCGUUUUUUUUAAAGAGAGAGACUCGAUCGAUUGUUUUUAUACGAACAUAAAAUGCCACCGUUAUAAGUCUUAGUCCGGGUCCGAGCAGACGUUGGUGGUGAGAUCUUUUUUAUUCCUCGGCUGGGCGAGUGGAUGUGGCUGGAAGAGGCACAGAAGCCGGUGGAAAACGUACAAACAAACGUCUUGAUUGGGAAAAUAAAAUCGUGGAAAAAUAAAGAUGCAUUUAAAAAAACAAAAACUGUGAUUGGAAAUCGUGACUGGACUUUCUGCACAAUCCUUUUGGCGGCAGAACUGUUAUCAGUCUUCUGAAUGCUCCCAAUUAAAGGGACCACUGCCCGAGAGAACUAGAGGCUCAGAGCGCUGAAACACUUCUGUAGAGAGAAAUGGGCAUCAUUGGGAGAGGAAUCCAGGCUUGUAUAUGAACAAUUUGUCUUCAGACAAGACGCUGACUUUAACUUGAUACGUUGUACUGUUUUAAUCGUGUGUUGUAUAUGCCAAUAAGACUGUUUUCUGCUCUGUAUUUUUUUGUUCUCUCAAUACCUCCUUUUAUCACUUAACACAGGCAGCAUAGACCUCAGAAUAUAGAUUUUUUUUUGAUACACGCAGACCUCAAGACUUUUUAAAACUUAAGAAAAAAAGAAUACUAAAUAUUUUCACUUGUAUUUUUCUACAGCUAAAGGGAACCUUCUCGCUGUGAUUGUCCAGUGAGAAUUUCUGGCACUUCCUUUUAUUUUAUUUUUAUUUUGGUCUUUAUUCAUCCCCCCUCCCCGUUUAGCAUGCGAACGUUGGUACGGUCCAGCUUCAAGGAUUCACAAACUUUUUUUUGGAGAACAAAAUCCUUGCAUCAAUGCCUUGUGAUUUUAAAUCUGCAAGUGCUCAGUCUUUUGUACAGUUGUAGAUUUAGAUUUGUUGAAUAUUUGUAGGUAAGAGGAAAAUUUAUUGAAAAGACGUGAGAUAGAUGCCGAGUUGUUUAGUGAGACUACAUGUACUGUAUAUUAUACUGUAGGAAUCUUGUGUAAUCAUACGCUGUUUUAUGUGGGUUAAGUCCCGAUGACAGGUGUGAAACUGGAGCAUUUUUAACAUGGCACAUGUGAAAUUUUAAUUGAUUUCUGUGCAAUAUGAACUACAGAUCAUCUGCACAUUAUUUUGUAGCAAACUUAUGAACUAAAACAGACGUGUGCACUGUAAUCAUUGCCUGUCUUGAUGCUAAGAGUCUGUAUCUGGGAGGAGGGGGGUAAAAAUAAAGAAAUCAGCUGGAACUGAUAGUAACAGAGAAAUUGCCAUGCAUUUAUAUGGAAUGUUUUAAGUUGAUCCACUCACUAACUUGCAGGGUUUGGGGAGGAGGGGGCAGGAGAUUCUGCUUCUGCAAACUCCACCCAUGGAAAAGAUGGCAAUAAAUCUGGCAUUACUAACUAA